GAUUUCCAGUAGCGUGUUGAAUAUUCAAAAACAGCCUAAUAAGAAGGCACAGCGUUAGGAGACAAUAUCUGUCAUUCAAUCAUUAUCUCUAAGUUCUAACCAAUAUCCCCCCUGCUCAAGCCAGGCAAUACCUAAUCUCUCUCUCUCUCUCUAUAUUACUAUUUCUCUCCAUCAUAUGCAUGAUCUCUCGCAUCGCAUGCUUGGUUUGCCAUUUGCCGACGUCCGUUUAUGGGGGAGUCAGGUUCAACCUUCUCUCACAAUGAAUCUGAGUCCUCUACCACGUCGUCAGAAUCUCAUUCAAAUUCAACCUCACGCCUUCAGCCCAUUUCCCUCGUCCAACCAUCGCAAAAGAACCAGAAAGAUAAACCCAAAGUUCUUCGUGUUUUUCAAUCCGUUUUUCGUGCAUUUCCUAUCAUCAACCCCAAAUGCAAGUUCCCAACCUGCCCUGCCGUCGGCGUAUCAACAGAGACUCAUAAAAGCAGCACAGGGAAUCGGGUGACGGGGACUUUGUUCGGGUUUCAUAAAGGUAAGGUGUCUCUUGCCUUGCAGGAAAACCCUAAGUGCCUCCCUUGGUUAGUUAUUGAGUUAGCUUUGCAAACCAAUGUGCUGCAAAAGGAAUUGAGUGCUGGCAUGGUUAGAAUCGUCCUGGAGUGUGAAAAGCAAACUGAAAAGGAAAAGAUUAAACUGUUCGAUGAGCCUUUGUGGACAAUGUAUUGCAAUGGGAAAAAAACUGGGUAUGGGGUAAAGCGAGAGGCAACGGAGGAUGAUCUGAGUAUAAUGGAGCUCCUCAAGGCUGUUUCAAUGGGCGCUGGGGUUUUGCCGGGGAAUACUGAAACUGAGGGUCCAGAUGGAGAAUUAGCCUACAUGAGGGCUUUCUUCGAACGAGUCGUUGGCUCCAAGGAUUCCCAGACCUUUUACAUGGUGAGCCCCGAUGCGAAAAAUGGGCCUGAGCUCAGUAUAUUUCUUGUGAGAAUCUGAUUGUUUCAUUAGAUAAAGAGGUUGAUGAGGAUUGGCUAAUCAAGAUUGGUGAUGCUGAAUCCUGAAUAUACACAUACCCAUGAUUAAGGUAUUCUAGAAUUCCUCCUAGGCAUCCUAGGCAGCAUUGUACACAUUUUCUUUUUUUUUUUCCUGGCUUUCUGUGAGAGAUUUUUUUUUUAAUAUUUGGUUUUUGAUUUAUCUAAUGAAUAGUUGUAGCUUAUUCUUAAAAGGAGGAUGGAAAUAAUAAAGUUUUUAUUAUUUUUGA